AGCCACCGAGCUCCGGGUCCCUUCGGUAAUAGAAUAGCCGAUGUAAUUUGACACUUCAACUUACUGCUCUCUCUCCGAGUCUAUUCAGUUACUCAGUCCCGUUCUCAGCGGCUGUGUGUGUAUGAGAGAGAGUGGGAGAGAGAGAGAGAGAGAGUGUGUGUGUGUGAGGAAGGGAAGAUAUCUGAAACAGAUAAUAAGAGACGAGAAUUAUUACCGAGGACUUUCUGCCCCAGAUCGCACCCCGGAACAAAAAACUUGAAGGGCUGGAGUGUUUCACCUCCUGCAGUGUGGAUGGGUGGGGGGGUUCCUUGUGGUGAAAAAUCAAGGAUUGGAAACAAGACAGGCGACAAAACAUGCUUCCCUCUGUUUGCAUGGCUGAAUGGCACAUGGGUGCGUGAUGCUGGAUCUGCUCGAGGGGAGCUGGAGGCAGCAGUGUUGGACGGAACUCUCCAGUUUAAUGGCUGGCAGAUAGAGGCCAGACGGGGACAAUCAACAUGAACUCGAUUCCGUCGAUGGACAGACACAUUCAGCAGACCAAUGAUCGUCUGCAGUGUAUCAAGCAGCACUUACAAAAUCCAGCAAAUUUCCAAACAGCGGCGACCGAGCUGCUGGACUGGUGCGGAGACCCCCGAGCCUUCCAGCGCCCCUUCGAGCAAAGCCUGAUGGGAUGCCUAACGGUGGUCAGCCGCGUAGCAGCGCAGCAAGGCUUCGACUUGGACCUGGGCUAUCGGCUCCUGGCCGUCUGCGCCGCCAACAGGGACAAGUUCACUCCAAAAUCAGCAGCUCUGUUGUCUUCGUGGUGUGAGGAACUGGGACGGCUCCUCCUCCUCCGUCACCAGAAGAACAGGCAGAACGAGCCUCCGGGAAAAGUGCCCAUGCAGCCCCCGAUGAGCUCCAUGAAACCAGGCCUCUCGCAUGGAGAUGGUUCUUUCCCCUACGACUCAGUUCCCUGGCAGCAAAACACCAAUCAGCCUCCGGGUUCGGUGUCUGUGGUGACCACCGUCUGGGGCGUGACCAACACGUCACAGAGCCAGGUGUUAGGGAAUCCCAUGGCCAACAACAACAAUCCCAUGAAUCCUGGGGGUAACCCUUUGACCUCAGGGAUGUCUGGUAGCAAUCCGAGUAUGAACUCUCCUCAGUUCACUGGUCCACAGCAGCAGUUCCCCAACAAAGGCAACUCAAACCAAGGUUACAUGCAGCAGGGUAUGUAUGGACGACCCAAUUACCCUGGAGGUGGAGGUUACGGUGGCAAUUACCCUGGAGGACCAAACGCUGGACCUGGUGGGAUAGGCAUCCCUUCGAACUCUCGUCCUCCGUCRGAUUUUACCCAACCUGCUGCUGCUGCUGCAGCCGCCGCUGUUGCUGCAGCGGCUGCAACCGCAACUGCCACCGCCACAGCAACUGUAGCGGCCCUGCAGGAGACCCAGAACAAGGACAUGAACCAGUACGGACCGAUGAGUUCCUCUUUCCAGAUGGGACCAAACCAGGCAUACAACAACCAGUUCAUUAAUCAGCCAGGACCCCGUGGUCCUCCAUCUUUACCUGGAAACAUGGCUGCAGGCAUGAAUGCGUCGAACAUGAGUGGGCCUCCGAUGGGAAUGAACCAGCCCAGGGGCCAGGGCAUGGGGCCGUUUGGGGCCCAUGGCCAAAGGAUGCCCCAGCAUGGCUACGCUGGACCCCGGCCUCAAGGCCUGGGUAUGCAGAGCAUGAAAAGACCAUACCCAGGAGAGCCAAACUAUGGUGGGCAACAGUAUGGACCAAACAACCAGUUCCCCAACCAGCAGGGGCAAUACCCCACCCCCAAUGGCUCGAGACCACUGCCGUCCCCCAGCUACCCUGGACAGAGGAUGCCAGGACAGCAGCUGCAAGGCCAAUACCCUCCACAUGGCGGUCCCAUGGGCCAGUACUAUAAGCAAGAGCCACCAUUCAAUGGCCAAACAAAUAACUUCUCUGGGAGUGGAUACCAAUAUAACCAGGCUAAUAUGAAUGGGCCUCCUAGGCCGGUGGGCAACUACCCACACUCACCAGUGCCGGGUAACCCCACCCCACCAAUGACUCCGGGCAGUAACAUCCCUCCAUACCUGUCGCCAAACCAAGAUGUGAAACCACCUUUCCCUCCAGACAUCAAACCAAAUAUCRCUGCCCUUCCUCCACCUCCAGCCAGCCACAAUGAGGAACUACGACUGACGUUUCCUGUGCGGGACGGGGUCGUGUUGGAGCCCUUCAGGCUGGAACACAACCUGGCUGUGAGCAACCACGUCUUCCACUUACGGCCCUCUGUGCACCAAACGCUCAUGUGGAGGUCAGACCUGGAGCUGCAGUUUAAAUGUUACCACCACGAAGACCGUCAGAUGAACACUAACUGGCCGGCAUCGGUCCAAGUCAGCGUCAACGCCACGCCGCUCACAAUAGAGCGAGGCGACAACAAAACAUCGCACAAACCGUUGCACUUGAAACAUGUGUGCCAGCCGGGAAGGAACACGAUCCAGAUCACAGUGACCGCCUGCUGUUGUUCGCACCUGUUCGUGCUGCAGCUGGUGCACAGGCCGUCAGUCCGCUCCGUCCUGCAGGGUCUCCUAAAGAAGAGGCUGCUGCCCGCAGAGCACUGCAUCACCAAAGUCAAGAGGAACUUCAGCAGCGUGGCAGCGUCGACAGGGAACGCCACGCUCAACGGGGAAGACGGAGUCGAGCAAACGGCCAUCAAGGUUUCCCUCAAAUGUCCGAUCACUUUCCGACGAAUACAACUUCCAGCACGGGGGCAUGACUGCAAACAUGUUCAGUGUUUUGAUUUGGAAUCAUAUCUACAACUGAACUGUGAGCGGGGAACGUGGCGAUGUCCUGUAUGCAACAAAACAGCGUUGUUAGAAGGACUGGAAGUCGACCAGUACAUGUGGGGAAUACUGAACGCCAUUCAAAAUUCUGAGUUUGAGGAAGUCACAAUUGACCCAACGUGUAGCUGGCGACCUGUGGCGAUCAAAUCUGACAUCCACAUUAAGGAGGAUCCAGAUGGACCACUGGCCAAGAGGUUUAAGACGAUGAGUCCCAGUCAAAUGACCAUGCCCAACGUGAUGGAUAUGAUCGCUCAACUCGGCCCUGGACCGUCACCGUACCUGUCGAUGCCCUCGGGGCAAGGUGGCAACGGUAGCGAAUAUGGCAGCCAAGGUAGUAGGUCUCACGCAGCUCUAGUUGUGCAAAGACCAUCCAAACCUGUACGAGUGUUUACAUCUGCUCUUCUGUUUUCAGGCAACAAUUACCAAGGACACGGGAACUUUGACUUCCCCCACGGCGCUCCGGGUGGUACGUCGAUGAAUGACUUCAUGCACGGUCCUCAGCUGUCUCACCCACCCGACAUUCCGAGUAGCCUGAUGACGCAAGACAAACCCCUGUCCCACAACAUGCCUGACACAAUACCUCAUUCUGCCGGGCCUGACCAGACGCACGGUCCACUGCAGCAGAGCUUACAUCCAUCUCCGCACCCCGGGAGCCAAUCAGGGCAGCAGCUGCACCACAGCGGCCCCCCUCAGCCCUCACGGCAAGCACCGCUGCCUCAGCAGCARCAAGCACAGCAGCAACAGCCCACCGCCAACAACCAUCCCCACACCGACCUGGCCUUCAAUCCCUCCAGCAGUUUGGACAGCCAAGCGGGGUCGGACAUGCCCGAGCCUUCGUUAGAUCUUCUCCCUGAGCUCGCUAACCCAGACGAACUUUUGUCGUAUCUGGACCCCCCAGACCUCCCCAGCAAUAGCAACGAUGACCUUCUGUCGCUCUUUGAAAACAACUGAGAGGCUUUCAGACACCCACACACGCAAACUUUUACCGAUCGCCUGAAGCUUCCCUGAGAACCUGUGGCAGUUACUCAGUACUUGAUCAACACAAAGAUGCACUCCCUUUCUCUUCUUCCUCUUGUACAAUUUUACAUUCGCCAGCGCAGAUUGACUGCAAAGAAUCUCAAAGAAACUCAAAAGACACGGCAGGAUUUGGCGGAGCUGCCACGUCCCUCCACUUCCUGCGGUGACACCCUUGACUGUGCAGCUAUAGUUGAUUUUAUUUUUACACCACACACAUGUACGUGUGCUCACUAGUAACAUGUUGUAGCAUUUUUAAAAUACUUUUUUUUUUUUUCUUUUGAAGCUAAAAAAAAAAAAAUGAACUCAUUAUAUAAAGCAGAAAAAUAACUGAAAAAAACUGUGCUCUCUGGCCAGUGUGUGUUAUGUUUUGUAGUCUGAGAGGCAACAACUUCCUGGUGUCACUGCUCCAUUCCCUGACUGGUCUGGUUAGUCGCACUGUUUUGUCCAUCACCUAAAAGCACAAGAAAUUUUAGCACUGCAAAAAACGAAACAAGAAAAAAAAAACAACAUCUUUACAAAAAGGAAUGAGAUCAGUUUUCUAUACAUUUGCUGCCAGAGUUUUAAAAAGAUUUUCGAAACAGAUUGGCAUCCAUUUUGUCUACAAUUGUGCUGUGUAUUUAUUUCAGUCUGUGAAGUCUGACUGAAGCAGGGAGAAUUUGAAGCCUACAAUAACAGAAAGUAUGUACAUGAUGCCUCUUUUACAAAUGACUGAUUUUUUUUUUUWAAACAAUAGAUAAAAAGAAAGAUUGGAGUUCCUGCCAUGUUAUCUGCUUCCAUCUGCUCUGCAUGAGCCUUAUUUUCUGCAUUUUGUUUUGUAUCAUUUCACCUCUCCUUAAAUAAUGUGCUGUUGAGGUAGUCUUCAAAGUGCAUGUGUGCCAAGCCCUUUGUCAAAUAGUGUUUUUUUUCUCUUUGUCAAAUUUGUUUUGAUUUUAUUUAACACUAACAUUGAAGGUAUCAGUGGUACAUCUGUCAUGUAUCUGCUGGUUGUUCUUUAUUUUUAUUUUUCCUUCGCUGCUGCAUAAUUACGCUGUCCAUCGAUAUUUUUUUUUGAGAAUCUGCUCACCAAAGCUAGAGGGAUGAGAAUGGAAAUGUUUGUGUUUGCUCGGUCCUGUGUAAGGCUGCRUGUCCAUGGGUGCGUCUCGAUAAGUUAGAAUAUCUUUGGAGAGUUUAUGUAUUUCAGUAAUUCAAUUCAAAAUGUGAUUUAUUCUAUAGAUUCAUUGCAUACAGGGUACUUUAGACAUUUAUUUUUCACGUUUUUGGAUGACGGAAGAUCCCAAAUUACAUUUCGCAGACAUUGGAAUAAAGACAUGUGGUGACUACAAAUGUCACAUUCCCAGCAGAAGUCAUGAUGGCAGGUCCAGCCAAUUGUUUCCAAUUGUUUUUUUUUUUAUAUAUAUAUAUAUAUAAUGCUGUUUUUUUUUUUUUUUGGCCUCAUUUAUAAACUAUGACUGGUUUUUUGUUGGCAUGUAAUCUUUGUUCUGUAUUUUUAUAGAAGCUUUACAUCUAUGCAGUUUUCUUGUGUUACAAGCAUUAAUUUUAAAUAUAUUAAUGGAAGGUUUAGUGGAAGGAUAAAGUCUGGUGGGAGAAAAAUGAAUCGCAUAAUUCUUUUUAAGUUGAAUUACUAAAAUACAGCAACUUUUUAAAAUAAUAUAAUGUAUAGAGACGCACAUGUAUGUUUGCGUGUGUGUGUGAGUGUGCGCGCGUGUGUUUGUGCACAGGUGAUGGCGAGACAAGCAAUGGUUUCUUCCAUCACUGCUGUGAUUUUCAAAGCAGUAUUGGUGUAAACCUUUUUCGUUGUUUUUUGAUGUCAUGUUGUUCGAGAAGAGUUGCUUUUCAGUAUGCAAAUGUAUUAUUUUUUAAGAAAUGCUAUUGUACUGUAAAUAUCAUUAUGUAUAUUUUUGUAUCAUCUCGAUAAUGUCUGUCGUCAUCCGACCUAACCGCACGCGCUCCCCAUCAGAGCACYAAACUUCUUCAGCAGUUUCAAACAUCUCAUAAGCUACACCCUAACGCACGCCGUCCUCGUUUUCCGCCUUUGUGCUCACCUUCCCCGUGACGGCUCGAGGUUGUUCUGCUCCACCUUUUUYCCCCUCCYCAUGUUCUCGGAUGUCAAACUCACUCGGAAGCAAUACUUUCUUUUCMCACAUUGAUCCUAGCUGAUCUCCGCUUCCUGCUAAUGAAUUUUAGGUUAACAUUUGUUCAGUGAUGGUGAUUUUAAAACAAAMGAGAUGUGGUAUCAGCUGGCAUUCAGUGUAAUUAUUGAUCUAUGUGAAUAUCAUGUUCCUAAAUGUCAAUACAUUGGUGGUAUUUUAAAGAUAUAUCACAACCAUAUUUUAAAGAAAUUCAUGAUAUUGUUUAUAUUUUUGUUAUAGAAAAAUGUGGCUUUUUAAAAAAGAAAAAAAAAGCAUGAGACCAUUUACAUUUGUAUCCCCCUUUUGUUUGUUUUUCRUUUCUCUUUCUUAAAUUAUUUUGUACUGGUUUUAUUAUGAAUCUGUAAGGCUAGAAAUCCAAUUUCUUUCAGCUUGAUUUGAAUUCAACAUUUUUAAAAUUCUAUCCGUUCCAGCUCUGAGAGCAUCGACAUGUUCCGUAUCCAAACAAUAAUGAGACACAAAGUUUUAACUUUUUUUUUUUUUUUUUUAAUGUAUGAAUCAAUCCGAUAAAUAUUUGUCGUCACCUCAUAAUUUCUUUUUACUUUCAAGUGAGUSAGUUCAGCAUUGUAGGCAGCACCCCAAGUGUGCAGUUGCGCAAUCACAUUAAAGGGCCAUUUCUUUUGGGGGAUGUUGUUAAGAAAAAAAUGUAUAAAAAGGAAAAUAUAAAUAAGAAGAAAAAAAACAGAGCGGAAAGGGGCACGUUCACAAGUCUGGCCUUGAAAGGAUGCAGAGGGCAAGGCUUGUUAAAUGUCCCAAAGAUGUCUGUAUAUAUGUAAAUUAACAUAGAAACAAGUGAACAGAAAUGUAUUCAUUUUCCUUUGGGAAUGUGCAUUGUUUCUUCUGAAUAAUAUUAAUAAUAAUAAUAAUUAAUAAAAAAAAAAGCUUGCAACACCUCUACUGGAAGUGGCUGACUAUGGAAAAUCAAACAUGUUAGUUUGUGUCUGUGGGUUAACUCAGCAUUUUGCCCCCCUUACUUUGUAAUAUACUUUUACCCUCUUCUGUUUGGGGGAACCGGAACAGCUACGUUCUAAAUGUACUAUUUAGCCUAAGUGUUCUAGUUUCACAGGCAUACUCUGAGGUGCUAAAGCUAAAAAAAUAAAACACACAGAAUAAGGUUACAAACACAAACAGAAAAGCCGCUCAGCAGUGCAGAAUGAUGGUGGUGAAAAGAAUGGGUCCUGAAGAUUGUAACCAAAAUCCAUAAUUUGUAAAAAAAAAAAAAAAAAAAAAGAAUUUUGAUAUGAAGAUUUGGGAAAUGACAACAAUCUAAGGUGAUUCAUGCAAUGUGGCCAUUGUCUCUAUGUUUGUACAUUGUAUGUACAAUCAUUUCAUACUCCAAACUGGUCAGAAAAUAAAGGAACUAAUUGUGAUUUUUAGUCUUGCAGAACUGUAUGUAGUUAGAUGAUGUGACAGCCUAAUAUUUAUCUAAUAAAUAUGUAUUCAGAUGAUUCCUGCA